AAACAACCCAAUUUGGCCUUUUUGGACUUUUUAGGGCUUCCCUUUUCACCAAGACAGGUGUUAUUUAUUUACCUGGCACAACUGUAGCAUUGUASUUAAACACAGUUUCCCAUGAGCCUCUUGGGUCAUCCGUCCUGCUCUGGUUUGACUGUGGAUCUCUUAAUAAGAUUAUUUAUCCUCGGGGACAGGASAGGCAGGAAGAAGAGUGAACCAAGAACAAACCUGUGGGAAUAUUUCAUUUAAACCUAAUAUGACAAAUCUCACUGUGAACACAGCAUGAAUAACUUCACUAUUUGUUGGAUUAUUCUGGAUUAUUCUGCUCACUGUAUGACGCACCGAUGAUCGCAGAGGAUUUUCACCCUGACGCACAACCAAGCUGCUGCAGCUUACCCACCAUGCAGGCCGAUGAAGACAGUGAGGAAGAAACCAGUCAAGAGGAACUGUCAGUCAUAAACUGGAGCGAUCUGUCCAUCAUAGAGCGUGUGGGCCUCAACAGUGUGGAUAUGUCAGAGAAGGACUUAGAGGCCUUCUCUCAGAUCGCCCUGGCCUUUCGCUGUGAUCAGUACACCCUGAAACAAAGGCUGCAGGCAGAGGAGCACGCCCGCAACCUGGCUGAGGAGAACAUCCAGCUGGAGCUGACCCGAGGCAGGGAGACCCUGGAGACCCUGAGGGGCCUGUGUUUGGACAGUCAGCGCAGUAACAUCCUACAGAGGCUGCAGUUGUCUCUGGACAUCCUCGGCGGGACGGUUGAGCGCAUCUCCAACACGGCUGAGGUGCUCGGUGCUGUUCAUCAGGAGGCCCGGGUGAGUCGGACGGUGGAGCUCAUGGUGGCUCACGUGGAGAGUCUGAGGAGGCGUCAUGACAGAAAUGUAGCAGAGCUGGAAGAAACCAAGAGGCUGUUGCAGCAGCAGCAGCAGCAGCAGCAGCUGACCUCCAGCAGAAACAUCAGUCCUGAUCCAGAAGACAGUGAGAAGAGGAAAGGCUCAAAUCAAAGCACCUUACGACGAAGAAUCAGCGCAUCGAUUAUUUCAAGCCAGACUCAGGAGAAAAAAAAGCAAGACUCAAAGAAGAGGGCCUCCACCUCCUCCAAGAAGCCGUCCCCCCAGUGUGGGUCUCCAUCCCCGAGCAUGGACUCCAGCCGCUCCUUUGUGUCUAAAGAAGACAGCAACUCAACAGACAACAGGCAGCUAGAUCCAGUAGAACCACCUGAAGAUCUUCCUCCAGACCCCUCUCCCCCACGCAACCCAGAGAGCCCCGCAUCUCAGCAAAUGACGCCAGUAAAGACACAAAACAAAAACCCCCCUGUGAAUGCCCCGCGACAGAGACACAAGGGCAAAGCAGCUUCUACAGUUAAAAGAAAGGAAAAAACGGUGGCAAAUAUCCACAGACAAAACUAUGCUGGCAUGUGUGGAUCAACGUGUAAGCAGCAGCAACCCCUGACUCUCAGGUCGCACCGCUGUCGAUCGGCACGUGUCUGCACCAACCUGUUCAUGCUUUUCUGUGCCGUAACGCUGACUUAUUACGUGUGGAAACUUUAUGAAGGGGAGCUGGAGCCCUGAUUGGUUCUUCUGGAAAAUACUGCCAUCUGAGUGCUUAAAUUUGUCUUUGUGUAAAAAAAAUAAAACAAUUUUUUCACGAAA